AUGAAAAGCCUUGCAUCCGGCGAUUAAUUGGAUCAUUUCAAAGGCUAAUUUGGGUUAGAUUGUUUGUUUUCAUCUUAAUCUUUCAUCAUUUAGUGUUAAUUUUACUUUAAGUAUUGUAGAUUAAGUUUAAUUUAGUUUUAAUUUCUGUUUUUAAUCAUUUCGCGAUACGAAAAUUUCUCAUAACUUCAAACUUCGAUUACUUUUCGAAUUCUCAUCCAAAUCACCUGAUUUUUGAUUCUGUGGAUUCGAAAUUGAGUUAUCUUUCUUAAUAUACUAAAUUGCCCAAUUUAUAACCUAAUUUCAUCGUCCGAUUUGACCGAAUUUCACAGAUAUCUCUCAAAUUUCCCUAAUUCUCCGUGGAUUCGACCCUUAAUUACCAUUAUACUAAUUAAUUACUUUGAUUAAUCAUAAAUUGGUAAGAUUAGGACUUUUUUUUGACACUGAAUCGUGUGCAUUCAACAACCAUACGAUUUAAUCUCGUCAAAUGGUGCCGUUGCCGGGGAAUUAAGGCGUAUUUUCGAGUAAAAUCAUCGAUUUUGACUCGGUCAACUCUGAUUUUUCUAUUUCUUUUUUUGAUUUUAAUCCAAAUUGAUCCUACACUGAGCUAUUUGUAGCAGAAAUAUAUCGUUUAGAUACUCAAUUUCGACGAGAUUAAGUGAUUAGUCCCUCUCUACGGACGACGGACAAUCAUCGCGUCAUACUCGAAUUGGGAGCGUGUAACUCUGACGAAUAGCGACAAUCAGGUACGAUUAAAUUUGUCAUUGUUGAAUAAUUUUAUAGUAUCUCUUUUGAGUAUUAUUAUACUAUAUAUAUUUGUGCAUAUUUAUGAGACGAGAGUUUGAUUGGAGAACGAGGGAUAAUCCUUUACACUUAGAUCUUUUUGAACGUUCCUCGCAAUCACUUUCAUCUUCCGCGUCAUCAUCGAUCUUAGAUAUGGCCCUGAAUGAUGAGGGAAAUGUUAGGAGACGCCUGAGUGAUUAUGCUAGGCCUGUUCUUCAAAGACCCGUUACUCGUAUUCAUGCACCCUUAGCUAGAAAUGCGAAUUUUAGAAUAGAUUCGCAUGUGAUGAGUAUGUUACCUAUCUUCCAUGGUAAACCUUCUGAGGAUCCUUAUAGACAUGUCGACGAGCUUAGUCAAGUAUGUGAGAUUAAUCAGAUUCAUAAUGUGUCGGCAGAUGUAAUGAAGAUGAAACUCUUUCUCGCCACCCUUAGAGAUAGAGCUAAGGAUUGGUUUCUUAAGUUAGGAAAGGAGUUCACUUCUUGGACCGAGAUGGAGGAGGAAUUUCUUAGGAAAUACUAUUCCGUAGGAAAAACCACCUCUGUUAGGAAGGCGAUGCGUGAGUUUACCCAAGGACCGAGUGAGAUGUUUCACGAAGCUUGGGAGAGACUUAGAGACCUCACUAGAGAGUGCCCUCACCAUGGAGUGUCUAACCAUGAGCUUACACAAAUAUUUUAUGAUGGGUUAGGCCCGCAAGAUAGAUAUCUUUUGGAUGCAGCUAGCGGCGGCACCUUCAUGAGCAAAUUUGAAGAUGAAGCAAUGGAAUUGAUCGAGACUGUGGCGGAAAAUAGCCACCACAACUCGGCAAAACCAUUCAGAAGAGGUGCAACGCCGAAAGGAGGAUUAAUCGACGCAAAGAUAGUAGAGACGGGCAUGCUCCUAGAGAAGAUCGACAAGAUGGCGGAAGUUCAGAAUCUUUUAUUAGAUCGGUUCCACAUCCGCAACGGAUCUGAAGGACUUGCACCCGUCGCUCUACAAGAAGCGUCGCCAUGCGCCCAUUGCUCACGCCUCGACCACGUCGAGAUGGAUUGUCCGAUCAUGGCAAUUAAAGGGCAGGGCAUGUACAGACAAGGCCCGCCAGGAGGGCAAAUUCAUCAGGGACGACCGAACUAUCAAGGUACAUAUCCAAAUUAUUUUAAUAACCCUGUUUAUAAUCCUAUGCAGUAG